AAUUAAUUGCUAACGGUAUUUUCUCUGAAAGGAAUUGCCUCAUAAUUUGUUGAAAUAAAGUUGUUGAUGUCGACAGACAGUCUGAUGCACGAAGAUUCAAAUUAUUCUGGCUACUCAAGUAUGAAUGGGGAUAUGAAAGAUAGCAUUUGCCGUGAUUAUUUGCGUAAUGUUUGCAACAGAGGCAACAGUUGUAAAUUUCGACAUCCUGAAGGCGAUGAAGCCAAGGCUUUGGGUAAGAAAGAUCUGAUUUUCUGUCAUGAUUUCCAAAAUAAAGAAUGCCGAAGACUCAAUUGCAGAUUUAUCCACUGCACCAAACAAGAAGAAGAAAUCUAUCGUUCGAGUGGCUAUAUUGCAGAACACAUUAUGGAGAGUGUAUCACAGAAAGGAGGAGGGCAGUUGAUCUCUAGCAUUCCAGUUUGUAAAGAUUUCCUAAAAGGAGAAUGUAAGCGAGGAGGUCGUUGCAAAUUCAGACAUAUCACAGCAGGACAGUAUCACAUGGAAAAUAAUAAUAUAAAUACCCGAAGAGGGCAGUUUGAAAAUUAUGAUCGUCAAUUUGAUGGUUUUGGUAUGUGUGAACCACAACCGAAACGACAGGCAUAUGAAAACAACUUUUCUCCCUUUGGUGGGGGAAAUGCCAUGCCUGAACCACAUCAGCUUUUCCCACAACAUUACCGCUUAUUACAAGAAGAAAAUGCCAGGUUGUUGCAUAAAAUUGAAGAACUAAAAAAACAAGUUGUUGAUCUUACAGCAACCAAUCAGUUCUUACGAGAACAGAAUGAACAAAUGCGAGGUUUGACAAGUAAGGACUGGUAUGUGUCUGCCUACCAAAAUUCAUACCUUGCGCCGUGAGCUGCCCUUAGCUUAACCAUGAUUUAACCGUGACCUUCUAGAAAUAAGGCUGUCCAGCUCUCUCGUGACGUCACGAUGAGGAGUGCGAAGAAAUCUCUCUCCUGCAUUCGAAGCGAGUAAACCCACAGCACACUAAUUUAUCAGAGAAGCUAAUUUUAUGUUAGUCUGAUGUAAAUAGGAGAUUAUUAAAUAAAUGAUACUAUCUUAACAUUUAUUAUAUAUCACGCUUUAACCGCUUCCCUUACAAAUUUUUUUGAAAAA